ACAGCGGCCAGAAGGAUCUGAUUCACUUUACUCUCAACAGAUACGACACAUUACCAUUCUUCAUAAAACCCCAAAACACUCUCUCUCGUGACUCAAUCACUUCGUUUUCUCCGCUUUCAUCUUCUCAUCUCUUCUCUUUUCCCUGCUAAUCAUGGCAACCUUGUCAACUGUGAAGGUUUCCCCCCAUUGCAUGUUUCAAACAGCAAGCAAAAAUCCAUCCACUGUUGCCACCACAAUGAAGUGCCCUUCUUCUUUUGGGUCUGUGAAGAGCAUUUCCAGAUCUUUUGGCUUGAAGUCAUCCUCUUCAUUUAGAGUCACUGCCAUGGCUUCUUACAAGGUUAAGCUGAUUGGCCCAGAUGGAACAGAGAACGAGUUUGAAGCCACUGACGAUACUUACAUCUUAGAUGCAGCAGAGAGUGCUGGAGUUGAACUUCCUUACUCUUGCCGAGCCGGAGCAUGCUCUACCUGUGCUGGGAAGAUUGUUGCUGGUUCUGUGGACCAGUCUGAUGGCUCAUUCCUCGAUGACAACCAACUGAAGGAAGGCUUUGUGCUUACUUGUGUCUCCUAUCCAACUGCUGACUGUGUAAUUGAAACUCACAAGGAAGGAGAUCUCUAUUGAGCAAUGCUGGCCUUAAAGUUGGGAAUUGGGGAAUUUAAGGUAGACUCUGCAACUAGUUUGCUUGUUCUGCUUUAGAGUCAAAUUUUCUUUUGGGAUUAUUAGUGAUUUGGUGUAAUGAUUUUUUGUUUGUGCAAGCAAGCACUGUGAUAUUAAGACGAUAAACACCCGUCGUUUGGCUUUUAAAUGGGAUAGUUGAUGUUUCUUUA